AUGGCAACAUGGGAGGCGCUUUCUUCAGUUAUCGCGGCUGCGCUGGUUAGCGGCGGGCCUCCGUGCUUGUUCUACAACUAUGUUGCUUCGUUUCUGUGUACCAUCUGCAUCGCCACUUCGCUCGCAGAGAUCGCCUCCAUUUAUCCAACAGCAGGAGGGCAAUACUGCUGGGUCGCAGCUCUCAGCCCAGCCCGGUCCAAGCUCGCUGCUUCCUAUUUCACGGGCUGGAUAUCCGCUUUAACCACUCUCAAUGACGACUCCUAUGUACCAAAGCGUUGGCAGGGCAUGCUGUUCUACUGGGCCACACUACUUUAUGCAGCUGGUAUGAACGUCUGGGGCGUCAAGGCGAUGCCGCACGUUAACCUAAUGUCUGGAAUUACCCAUAUUGUCGCUUUUUUUGGCACUGUCAUUACCCUCGUGGUCAUGGCCAAUAAAAACACAGCAUCCUUUGUCUUCGCCGAGUUCGUCAAUAGUAGUGGUUGGGACUCGGAUGCCGUAUCAUGGCUAAUUGGUCUCCUGAAUGCAGUCUAUCCGCUUCUUGGGUACGACGCGGCUUGCCACUUGGCCGAAGAGCUUCCGGACGCAAGCCGUAACGUUCCGUUAGCCAUGAUCGGCAGUGUUGUCGUCAACGGUCUAAUGGGUCUGGUGUAUUGCAUUUUGCUUCUCUUUUCCGCCAGGUCAGUCAAUCGCUUAGUCGACACGCCAACCGGCUUCCCAUUCAUGGAGAUAUAUCUCGACGCCACACUGUCCAGGGUCGGGGCCACCAUCAUGUCGCUCAUGUUGGUCCUAGUCGCCGCUGCGGCAACAGUCGCCAGCACAACGUCGACGUCUCGGACGCUCUGGGCAUUUGCUCGCGAUAAAGCCACACCAUGCCACGAGUACUUGAGCCACGUUAGCCCAAAGCUGCAAGUUCCCGUUCGAGCCGUCGUGCUGGUUGUCGCCUUGCAAGCGCUCCUUGGCUUUAUGUAUCUCGGCAAUGACGCUGCUUUCAAUGCGGUCCUGUCGAUGGCAGUUAUUGGCCUCUACUUGUCGUAUAUUCUCCCCAUUGCAUACAUGUUCUUCCACGGACGGCAAAACCUGGGCAAGCAGAACUUUGGAUCUUUCCGCCUCCGCCCAUGGCUGGGCUUCACCUUCAAUGUUGUAAGCAUGAUCUGGAUGGUGGUUGUCAUGGUCUUCAGGACUUUUCCGACCACCCUUCCCGCAACGCUGCAAAGGAUGAACUACUCCUCAGUCGUCCUGGCCGGCUGGCUUACGUUUGGGGCCAUCUAUUACACCAUAGCUGCCAGGCACAAGUUCGAGGUUCCGGUGACCUAUGUCAGUUCAAUACCCAAUCUGUCAGUGUCAGUCCACGGGGAUGAUAAACGCCUUAACAAACAGGAUCACGGAGACCUUCAAUUUAGCUAG